GGGUAUAUUAACAAACGUCCUCAUCCUUUUUGGUCGUCAAUUAUCAUAUUAUCAUCAAACGUCUUUUGUUUCUGCUCUUGCUCUUGCUCUUGCUCUUUCGUGUUUUCUCUCGACAAACAAAAACACCAACCUCUCUUCCCUCCUCCAUUUCCCUAAUCUGAUAGCGAAUCCAUCUGGGUCCUUUCUCUCAAUCAACUCAACGCGCCCAUACCAAAGUUUGUUUCGCAGUUGAACAAAUUAAUCCUCAAAUUCUAUUCAUCGGAUUCUACAUCGAUGAAGAAAACUUCGUCUAAUUCGCCGUCAUUUCUAGAUCGUGUGAGCUUUUGGGAUAAAUCCAAGGCACAUGGCAACCCUACGACCUCGUCAGAUCUGAGUGGACCAACGCUCCCCUUGAGCAAUCCUCCUACGACCAACGCGCAGAACAGCACCAACACUGCUACCUCCGUUCUUAAUAAUGCAACCAAUAUCCCAAGAGAUAAUGCAAAUCACAGUGGCCUCAAGAGCCAACGUUCAAAUCCCACAAGAAAUAAUGUGGCAGACAAUACAUCCAACGUCCAUCCGCCACCAGCUCCACCUCCGCAAGUUGAUGGAGAGGGGAAUAUCAUAGAGUCGAGCGAGUCCGAGAAACCUAAGAAGAAGAACAUUGCCAUUCGAUUUUGGCUUACCGGCAAACAUAUCAUACUUUCAAGUGUUAUCAACAUUUUAUUGGUAUUUGUCCCGGUUGGUAUCGUUGCCUAUGCGAUUGAUCUCAGUCCAGGUAUCAUCUUUGCGAUGAAUGCGAUUGCCAUUAUACCGUUGGCAGGUUUACUCAGUCAUGCUACGGAAAGUGUGGCUAAGAGGAUGGGUGAUACUAUCGGUGCUUUGAUGAAUGUUACUUUUGGUAAUGCUGUUGAGCUUAUCAUUUUUAUGUAUGUCUACCUCGUGAGAGAUCAAGACAAGAAAGUGCGAGAAGCCCUCUUAAAGGCAUUAUCAUAUCAAUCGCGUCCCAUAUCAUUAUACCCUUUCCAUUUCCUUUUGUCUCAUGCAAGUCCCUUGUGAAAUGUUCGUUCAAAACAUAUGCUCACCUGUUUAUCUUUAACCCUAUAGCAUUGCAUUGCAAAAGAAUGAAAUCCGUAUUGUCCAAGCCUCCUUGCUCGGUUCGAUUCUUGCAAAUCUACUCUUGAUUCUAGGAAUGUGUUUCUUGGUUGGUGGACUUCGCUUCCGUGAACAGAUCUAUAAUAGUACUGUCACACAAAUGAGCGCUUGUCUUCUAAGUUUGAGCGUCAUGAGUCUAUUGCUUCCAACUGCUUUCCACGCAUCGUUCAAUACUACAACUGCUGCAGAUAAGGCUAACACCAAAGUUUUGCAAGUUAGUCGUGGUACUAGUGUCGUUCUCCUUUUGGUUUAUGCCAUGUACCUCUUAUUUCAGUUGAAGUCCCACGCAUACAUGUAUGAAAGUACUCCUCAGCAUAUUAUUGAUGAGGAAUUAGCUCCUGGACCGGUUGCAGCUUGGAUGGACUCAUCAUCUGAUGAUUCGUCCUCCUCCAGCUCUGAUUCCGAUGGAUCCAGCGGUUCAAAUACUACUGCCAAACGUGUAAAGAGACUCAUCAGAGGUGGUAGACGUCGUAAGUCAAGCUCAGCAUCGAAAGAUACUGUUGAUGUUGAGGCUGUUCGUACACCAUCUUUUGGCAAUAGCAGCCUCAAUCAUGCAGCUGAAGGUAAUGGGUCCGCUGGUGAUGAUCAUCGUACAGGCGCUAUUGAUUUUGCCGAUGAUGGUGAUGAUGAACGUCCUAGAAGAAGUCGCACUGGUUCCUUCACAAAUUAUGUCAUGACCAAAAAGGAACAGAAGAAAGAACGCAAGUUACAGAAAAAGGAACACAAAGCUCGCAAGAGAGCUCUCAGACAUCAAGAAACCAUCAAUGAAGGUGUUGUACCUGAAGUUGUCAAUGAGAAAUCUGCUGAAGUGGUACCGAAUGAUUUCGAUCCACGUCGUGUUGACUUUGCCAUGAUGGACAAUCCCGAAAACCAAGACAACGCUCAAAAACGACCAUUUACUCUUCGUGGAAUAACCUCUGGUAUUCGACCUCAAAUUCCGAAAACAUUUUCUCAAAAUGUCUUUACCAACCCUGCACCUACCGGAACUCCACCUCCUGGAAAUAUUCCUCGCGUUCGUAUGGGAAUUCGUCGCACAAAUUCCUUACCGGAUCGUCUCAAUCAAACCGUAUCAAAUCCAGCUAAUCCCACCCCAUCCAAUCUUGCACCUAUUCGCAUCAACAGCACAGCUGUUGCAGUCAACAAGGUUCCUAUGGAAGAUGAGGAUGAAAAUAUUUCUCGCACCACAGCCAUCGUUUUACUUCUUCUUUCUACUGGUCUUGUAGCCUGUUGUGCCGAAUUCAUGGUUGAUAGUAUUAAUGCUGUCGUCGAAGGCAAUUCUGGUUUGAGUGAGGCUUUCAUCGGUCUCAUUAUCUUACCUAUUGUUGGUAAUGCUGCCGAGCACGUUACAGCUGUUACGGUAGCUAGUAAGAAUAAAAUGGAUUUGGCAAUCGGUGUCGCCGUUGGUUCUUCUAUUCAAAUUGCUCUCUUCGUUACUCCCUUCAUUGUUCUUCUCGGCUGGUGUAUGUCUAGAGAAAUGACAUUAUACUUUACGCUCUUCGAGACCGUUUGUCUCUUCGUCUCGGCCUUUAUUGUCAAUUUCUUGGUUCUAGAUGGUCGAUCUAAUUACCUCGAAGGUGCACUUCUUUGCGCAGCUUAUGUUAUUAUUGCCGUCGCGGCUUUCUUCUACCCAGCUGAAGAUGAUCAAAGUAAUUUGGGUGGAAAUUCUGAUGCAGCUAAGAUGUUGGUGAGGAGUAUUAUUGGAAUUUAAAUUCCAUGAUCAAAUGAAGUAUGUAGGCGGAAUGGAUGAUGAUUUUAUGGUGGGAUGAGAUGAGCUUUUUUUCUUGAUGGGAAUUGAUUCUUAUGAUUGAGAUGUUAUGAUGGAUGGAUGGUGGGUAAUGAUUGGUUGAAUGAUAUUUUCUUUCGCUUCGAGCUGGCUAGGGGAUGGAAUUGAUGGAAUUGGUUUGGUGAUGGAUGGAUGGAUUUAUGAAUGAAGGAUUUCGCUUGAGAGUAUUUGCUUUCUUGAUCAGUCAGGAUGAUGAAUGGAUAGUAGCUAGUUUCUUCUCUCUUCUCUUCUUCUCAUUUCUUCUUCUUCACCUUCUCUCUUCUUGACUGGCUACUGCUAUCACUACUGCUACUACCAUGGUAGUUAAAGAGUCAAAAAGUCAAAGGGUCAAAGAGUCGAAAAACAAUUAACUUGAGAUUCUCUCUUUAAAUCUCGUUUCCAUAUUUUAAUAUGCUUUGCUAUGAGGGAUGUAAUCCUAUUAGCUUCUAUUUUAUUCGCUUCUUAUAUACAUACAUGGUGUGUAUAUAUAUAUAUAUAUAUAUAUAUAUAUAUAUACUUAUUAGUGGAUCGGAUUGUAGAUAUUAUACAUUGAUAAAUAAAGUGUCAAGGGGCUUGGACGCUAAUUGCAAGCUUGAUA